UUCAGAUAUUUUGUAGCACUUUUGAAACGUCACGUGUACCCCCACACAUUCGGCAACGGUUUUCCCCAUACGGAGAAGGUGCCUCGGUUCGGCAUCCCAUUCCUGACAAACUUCUCCAAUUCGUGACGUUCUGUGGAGAUUCGAGACCAGUGAAUACCGAUUGCCCGCCUCGAGUAUUUAGAGCGCUAUCCCCGGCCGUCGUCACCAAGAUGAGUACUCUUAACACUACGGUCAACGUUGUCGUCGGAAUCGUCCUUUCUUCUAUCGUCGCAUACAUCCUCCCUAAUUACGUUGCCUGGGUUCCUGAUUUCGAUAUCUGGGUCUUUCUUCUGCUGGUGGGAAUCAAUCUUACGCAAUGCCUACCGAAUCAGCAUACCCCAAGCUAGAUAUCCCGAACGUGGAUCUAUGGACAUUUCUAUUUGAGCGGAAAGACAGGUCUUUUCCUGAUGAUAAAGUAAUCUACAUCAAUCCCGAUACGAAGCGUUCAUACACAUAUGGCCAAGUUCGAAGCACAGCGCUUGACUUUGGAAAGGGAUUGAAGGCGAAUUGGGAGUGGAAGAAGGGCGAUGUUCUAGCGUUAUAUACUCCAAAUUGUAUCGACACACCUGCGAUAUUAUGGGGGACACUGUGGGCGGGAGGCAUUGUGUCGCCUGCGAAUCCGGGAUAUACUGCUGAGGAAUUGGCAUUCCAAUUGAAGGACUCGGGAGCCAAGGCAUUAGCAACGCAAAAACCCUUCUUGCAGACAGCACUGGAGGCAUGCAAGAAAGCUGGCAUUGAGGAGGACAGGAUUAUUUUGAUUGGCGAUGAGAAGGACGAGACUGCCAAAUUCAAGCACUUCACGAAUGUGAGAAAUAUUUCGGGAGCCACGAGGUUUAGGAAAGCAAAAAUUGAUCCCAAGAAAGAUCUUGCAUUUUUGGUAUACUCCUCGGGGACGACAGGGCAUCCUAAGGGAGUGAUGCUGAGCCAUUCCAACAUUGUGGCAAAUACUAUGAUGAUUAAAGUUGGAGAAGGUGGGAACCUGAGUUGGAAGGGAGGCAAGGACGGUCAAGGAGACAAGAUUAUGGCUUUUUUGCCCUUCUUCCAUAUCUAUGGUCUUACUUGCUUGAUCCACCAGUCCAUUUACUCGGGAUUCACAUUGAUCGUCAUGCCAAAAUUCGACCUCGAACAGUUCUGCUCGCACAUUGAGAAAUUCGGCAUCACAUUUGCAUACGUUGUCCCACCGAUUGUCCUCUUACUCGGGAAAUCCCCAGUGGUCUCGAAGUACGAUCUCAGCUCGAUACGGAUGAUGAACUCCGGGGCGGCGCCUCUCACACGCGAGCUUGUGGAAGCUGUAUAUGAUCGGCUGAAGAUACCAAUCAAGCAAGGUUACGGUCUCUCCGAAACAAGUCCCACGACUCACACGCAGCCAUGGGAGACUUGGCGUACACACAUCGGUUCUGUGGGUCGCUUACUUCCCAAUCAAGCUGCGAAGUACAUGUCACCUGAAGAGAAAGAAGUAUCAGCAGGAGAAACAGGAGAGUUAUGGUUGAAGGGACCAAAUAUCUUCCUCGGUUAUCUCAACAACGAAGAAGGUACGAAGAACGCCUUGACCGCAGAUGGAUACUUCAAGACUGGCGACGUUGGCCACCAAGAUAAGGACGGCAAUUUCUUCAUCACCGAUCGAGUAAAGGAACUCAUCAAGUACAAAGGUUUCCAGGUCCCACCGGCCGAGCUGGAAGGACUCUUGAUUUCACAUCCAGAUAUCGACGAUGUAGCAGUGAUUGGCAUCCAAGACCACGAGCAAGCUACAGAAGUUCCAAGGGCUUAUGUUGUCCCGAAGAAGGGAGUUGAAGGCAACAAAGAGACCGAGAAAAAUAUCGUAGAUUGGUUGGCGAAGAAAGUCGCCAGUCAUAAGAAAUUGCGAGGAGGUGUAAGAUUCGUGGAUGAAGUACCCAAGAGCGCUUCAGGUAAAAUUCUUCGCAGAGUUCUGAAAGUUCGAGCCCAGGAGGAAGAGAAGAAAGGCGAGAAAGCUAAGCUAUAAAUCUACUCUGCAUGUGGUUGCUUGGAUAUUAUUUUGGGAUAGGCGGUAACAGGAUGGGUAGACAUCUGGGACGAUUUGGACAUAGAUUCCAGAUAUACAACGGUUUUGCAU